UCGCCAUUCAACCGCCAAACCAGUGUGGAGCCAACCGUCUGAACGGAACGCGAUAUUACGACAUUCACUUGUGAUUAUUUACUUCGCUCGGCGGAUUUAGAAAAAUGGCAAUGUCCCUGUUUGUGCCCGUUCUCCUUCUCGCUGCCUACGUACAAUAUGGUGAAUCUGUACGAUGCUGGACGUGCUCCUCCGACCUGAACCCCCACUGCGCGGAUCCUUUCCUGGUGGGCGGCGGCAUUGACAACACCUACUUCAGACUGGAGAACUGCGACGCUAACACUGGAGCUACAUACCCUUACCUCACCUCUUCCAAGUCCGCCUGCAAAAAGCAGAAGAAAUACAUCAACGGUCUGCUGGUGAUCUCAAGGGGUUGCACCUGGAAGCGUCAGGAUGAUUUCACAAACACCUGCCCCAGCUCCUCGAAUGGCCCCAACGAGGUCACAUACUCCUGCGAAACCUGUGAAUAUGAUGGUUGCAACGGUGCAGCGACCAUCGGCAAGACGAUAGCCUUAAUGUUGGCACCUUUGGGUCUAUUGCUCUUCAAGUAGAUUUAACCUGCCAGUAAUCAACAAGAAUUUUAUUGAUAACAUUCGAGCUUUUCACUAAAAUCAACAGA